UACUGACCGCCAAAAAGCCCUAGGUUCGGCCGUACAGGCGCGCGCGAGAGCUUCUUUGUUUCAUCGAUUGAAUCAUGAACUGCGUUGAUUUCGUUAUUUUUUCCUCUUUUCAUUUCCCUCCAUUGCUUUUAUCUUAUUCAAAUCAUCUCUUAGCCGUUUAAUCAACCAAGCAAUCGAAGGGGUUUUCUUGCUCGAUUUUUUGUCCGUUUGAAUUGGAUUAUCUCCUCUCAUCGCUUUUAGUUUCGAUCGCCAUGUCUAAACGGGUCCUAUGCAAGUAUUUUUCGCAUGGAGCAUGCUUGAAAGGGGAAUAUUGUGAGUUUUCACAUGACUGGUCGGCUCCACCAAGCAAUGUUUGUACUUAUUAUCAAAAGGGAAGGUGUGCUUUUGGCAGUCGAUGCAGAUAUGACCAUGUUAAAGUUUCUCAAGCGGAGUCAUCAGCUUCUUCAAAUUCUCAGCAACCUCAUGUGUCUGAAUCUGUUUCUAUAGCUCAUCCCCUAUUAUCAAGGCCACUUUCUCCCUUACCUGGAUCUACAAGCGAGCUUGCUGGUUCAAAGAUAUCCUGUCCUCCCUCGCACGUUCAAAUUGUGUGGAGUGGAGAGUCUGAGCAUCCAGAUGGUCUUGAUGAUUGGAGGAAUGGGGAGACAAGGAUUGUUGGUCCAGCUGAUAUACCUAUUUGUUCUUUUGCUGCUGCUGGAAGUGAUUGUCCACGUGGUCAAAACUGUCCUCAUAUUCAUGGGGACUUGUGUCCUACUUGUGGAAAACAAUGUUUACAUCCGUCUAGGACUGAUGAAAGGGAGGAGCACAUUAAAGCGUGCGAGAAAAAGCAAAAACAUCUCGAGUCUUUGAAACGUAGCCAAGACAUAGAAUGUAGUGUCUGCCUGGAGCGUGUUCUUUCUAAAACUGAAAUAGCUGAGAGGAAAUUUGGGCUUCUCUCAGAAUGUGAUCAUCCAUUCUGCAUUUCUUGUAUUAGAAACUGGCGCAAUACUUCAUCUACCUCAGGAAUGGAUGUUAAUAGUGCUCUAAGAGCCUGCCCAAUUUGUAGGAAGUUAUCAUACUUUGUAAUUCCAAGUGUCAUUUGGUAUUCUUCCAAAGAAGAAAAGCAAGAGAUUGUUGAUAGCUACAAGUCAAGGCUGCGAUCAAUAGAUUGCAAGCACUUCAACUUUGGAAACGGGAACUGCCCAUUUGGAUCCAGUUGUUUUUACAAGCACGCUCAUUGGGAUGGCCGGUUGGAAGAGAUAACUCUGCGUCAUAUUGGGAAUCAAGAUGGUCUCACUGUUAUCGCCAAAAAUAUUAGGUUGUCGGAAUUUCUCAGUGACUUGCAUAUCAGGUGAAGAACCAUUCCAUCAGUUUCAGAUGUUGAAUUGCUUGCUGGAGUCUGAUAUUGAGAAACGAAAGGUGGGUUACCGAGCACGGUUCUUCGAACUUCAUCUUCUAUGAAUCAAAAUGAAGCUGGAAGACAUUAUGUCAUACUGAGGAAUGAAGGCAGCAAGGCCAAGCUCUUAUUCUUCGGAUGAUGGUGAAGUAAAUGUUAUCACAUCACAUGAAUCACAGGUGAAUAAAUUGUAAGGGUUCUACGCUGUUGUUGUUGUUGUACUAAACAUUGGAAAAUGACCGAAUGUAUUGGUUUGUAUUUUAAGAGGAAGAUAAAUGGGAAUGUCGAUGUCGAUGUCGAUGUCGAUGUCAAUGUCAAUGUCGUGUGUGGUUUGAUAGAGAAACAAGAGAAAAGGAAACUUCAAGGCUAGCAUACAUUUUAUUCACCUCCUCCGAUGUCAAUUUGAGCUUAGUUUAAUGUAUAAUACUCCGUUUUUUAUGUGGUA